AUGCCGAACGCCCUCGAGGCGUGGUACGCGAGCGCGCCCGCGGUGACGCGCAUGUACCUCACGCUCACGACGUUGGUCACCCUCGGAUGCGCGUUGGAGGUGAUAUCGCCGCUGAAUGUGUACUUUAACAGCACGCUGAUUUUCCGCGAGUACGAGCUGUGGCGGUUGGUGACAAACUUUUUCUUCUUCGGCUCGCUCGGGGUUGAUUUUGUGUUUCACAUGUUCUUUCUGUCGAGAUACUGCCGAAUGCUGGAGGAGGGGAGUUUCCAGGGGCGGUCGCACGAUUUUUUUUACAUGCUCGUGUUCGGCGGCGCGUUGCUCACGGCGCUCGCGCCGUUUGUGAACGUGCAGUUUCUCGGAACGAGCCUGACGUUUAUGAUGGUGUACGUGUGGGGAAGGCGGAACGCGGCGACGCAGAUGAGCUUUUUGGGGCUUUUUACGUUCUCUGCGCCGUAUCUUCCGUGGGUGUUGUUGAUUUUUUCCACGAUCAUCGGCUCGCAACCGAUCACGGAUGCGUUGGGGAUGAUUGUGGGGCACGUGUAUUACUUCUUAAAGGAUGUGUAUCCAGAGCUCACGGGUAGGGAGCCGCUAGUGACGCCGGCGAUCAUUUGCGCACUGUUCGGUCAGCGCGCGGCGACGAGAGUGGAGACGCGGGGCGUGCGAGAGCGCGAGCCGCCGAGGCCGGUGCGCGAGCGCCGGGAAGCGCGCGAGGAUUGA